GGCUCUGGGUGCUCGGUGUAUGUGUCUGUCAACGUGCCUCCGGUUUGUUUGGGCUCGCCUAGCUCAUGGAGGAAUAAGAACUAUUCCUCCAUGGCGAGCUCUAGGCCCACGAAGCUUGUACAUUGUAUCAGAAUUAAAGUCGUAUUCGUUCUGAAAACCUAUCGUGUCGAUCUCCCUUGAUGUGGCCGCCAUGCCGUGCCGCACCGCGCUGCACGCGCACAGUCGUAGCGUGCAUGGUGGUGGAAGGUCCGGACCGACACCCAGCUACGCGACAUGAGGACGUGACAUAGCUUAUGAGGACGCGACGUGACAUACCGUUGUAUAGCUUUAGAUAUCACACAGGCAGCGUGUUGGAAAACCCCCAACACCUUCACAGAGUGCUAUUUGAAGGAUGUCCUCCAGACGGAAGGCAGAGCCGGGAGAGUGGUGCUGAAGGCGGCGAGCCGAGCAUCAUCGGGUCCACAGGAUCCUCUCCUACCCGGGACUUCCCUAGAAUAGGUUGGGAGAAAAGAGGUUCUGUAGUGAGUAGCAGCAGUACAAGCACAGAAGAAGGCGCAAUCAGAGUGAAUUCUCCUCUGGUGGAAGAUAAUCGUAAUGACAGUGCCUAUGAAUUAAUUGACAUGUCUGAAGUGAGUGUGGGUGGAAGCACAGGUGCCGGGGUGCAUGGAGCUGUUGGUAUAGCGGCAGGAGUUGCUGUAACAGUGUCGUGAGUUGUACUUCUGCAUCAAGGAAAGCAUGGAAAAAGCUGCUACUCGUCAAAAAAACGGCAUCUCUGGAGAGCCAGAGUUAGGGGGAGAAUUUCCUAUUCAAGAUGUUAAGAGUGGUCAAGGUGGCCUUCUGCAAGUUACCAUGGAAGGUGUUGGGCUAAAGUUUUCUCAGUCAAAGGUAUGUAAACGUUGAAGGCAAACCAUC